CUCCAUAGACCCUGAUAGUAAACAUGUCAGCAUACAUAUUUUUUGCUGCUGUUAUUAAGACACAAGGGAGAGACAUUUUUGUGAUUGUGAGUCAUUGUUUAAUAUUACUGAAGAAUGUUCUAAUCUUGCUUGAGACUGUUCUUGGUAGUGGACUCAGACUUUUGGCCUCUACUGUCUCCCACUUGCCAAAACUGCAAAGGCUCAGCAAGGUCUAAGGACAUUCGAUCUGCUGAAGCAGAAUCUAAAAUUAGAAUGUUGUUUACUUCAAGAAUUAAUCAUGGUGGCAUGUGGGCACUGUAUUCACAGAUUGAGGAAAACUAACAAUACAGACUGGUGUUUGCUCACCGUCGUGCAGCAAUUCAUCAGCAAGCAUGGAGUUCACAAGACGCUACCUGCCUAUGGAAUGGGAGGAGCGGUGGAGAAGAGAGAAAGAGCGAAGGAAAAAGGUGAUGGAGGAAGGAGGGGAAGAGUUCGAAAGGGAGAGGAGGAGGUUAACAUGGAUUCGGGCCUACAAUGACAGCAGAAUGGGGAUGAAGGAAAAGGAGGACAUAAAGAACGAGAGAACAAUUCAGGAGAUGAUGGAGUGGAAUGACAAACAAGAGACGCAGAAGUACACUAAAGAUACUUACCCAAGUGAGAUCUUCCAAGCAAUGGAGGAGCUGAGGUGUUGCUCUGUCCUUACUGACCUGACCCUGAGUGUUGAGCAUGGACUUACUGUCCGUGCUCACUCUUUGGUCCUGGCUGCUGUAAGCUCCCUCAUCCAGCAGAUGCUCCAGCAGCGGAAUGAAAAAAACGAGAAGGAGAUAUUUUUACGUGUUGGUCCAGAAGUAUCUGAUUUGGGUGUAUCUGCAGUGUUGGAGUUUGCCUACUCUGGAAGCAUAACUGGUCUGAACAGCAAAUCUUUAGCUCAGAUUCAGGCUGCUGCUCUCUAUCUUGGAGUUCCCAGGGUUCUGGAGAUCUGUAAAGAAGAAGAGGAGAGGCAGAGAAAGAAAGAUGCAGAGAAGAAUAUGAGGAACAGCACUGGCGAAGAGCACAGAAAGGUCAAUCUUCAGGCCAUCAGGCAGCUGUGGGAAGAGAGAGUGGGCUGUGAUGUGGAGCUGGAGGCUGAAGGAAGAAUAUUUCACGCACACAGGGUCAUCCUGAGUGCCAGCAGUGACUACUUCCGUGCAAUGUUCAGCAGUGGUAUGAAGGAAACCCACCAGACCUCAGUGUCCCUGCUAUUGAUGGGGGCACCUGAACUAGAAGCCCUUCUUCACUGCUGCUACAGCGGAGAUCUGUUUCUUGAUUGGGGCUGCAUUUUCGAGCUCACCUCCACUGCUCUUCAGUUCCAAUUCCAACCGGCUCUCUCGCUCUGCCUCAACUACCUUGAACAGCAAAUGGAUGCCCACAGCUGUCUGGAUGUGGCUGCCUUCGCUGAGGCUUAUAUGCUUAGCGACUUGCAUGAAACAGCUGAAGACUUCGUCCUCAUGCACUUCCAGGAAGUUAUGGCUACUCCAAAGUUCCUGGAGCUGCCAGCUGAGAAGCUGGUGGACCUUCUGAGACGUGAUGGUUUGUGCGUUCCAUCCGAGCUGGCCGUCUUCCGAGCGGUGGUGGCAUGGAUCGAGGCAGAUCCAGCCCAAAGGUUAUCUCAAGCCCAGGUAGUAAUGACAGGAGUGCGUUUUCCACUCAUGACCUUCCGCGAGUUUCGUGAAGUCCGAGCUGUUAACCUGCAGAUGGAGUGUAGUGGUGAUGAUGAUGUAUAUCUAUACCGCACAGCACUAAAAGAAUUUGGAUUCGGAGACUCCAGUCCCGUAGUUCAGCAUCGCAUACGUUACCCCAGAGAUGUCCUUGUCGUUGUCGGAGGAGAUCAGCUAAAUCCAGAUGAAGGUCAGCGGCUUCCAAGCAAGCAGCUGUGGUUUGCUAACUCCCUGCGUAGCGGUACAGGAUUGGUCAAGGAUAUGGAGUGGAGGAUUUUGGGUGAAAUGCCAGAGCAAGCCAGGUUCAGGCAUGGAAUCAGUAUACUCAACAGAAAACUCUAUGUGGCAGGAGGCUGCUAUUACUAUUCCAAGGCAGACACAAUGAAAUCUGCAUACAGGUAUGACCCUUUAAACAACUCAUGGGAAAGACUGUCAGAUAUGCAGGAGCACAGGAGUAACUUUACCAUGGUGGUGAGGGGGGACAGUCUGUACGCUAUUGGAGGAGACAGGGACAUCAGCACUAAUUUGGACAGUGUGGAAAAAUACUCAGUGGAAACAGACACAUGGAGCUUCACACAUUCGCUGGACCAGCCACUGAGUGGCCAUGCAGCUGUUGUCUGGGGAGGAGAGAUUUUUAUCUCAGGAGGUUUUAAUUUAAAGUACCAGUGCCUGGUGUCUACAUUUCUCUACCAUCCGGAACAAGGUACGACUUAUCUGGCAGACAUGGCUCACGAUCGAGCUCAGCACUGCAUGGAAAGCUUGGCCAGGCGCUUCUACGUAGCUGGAGGAGUGUGCAACCUGCGAGAGUUCUACACUGAUGAGUUAUCCUGUGAAAGCUAUGACCCUAUAAGUGAUACAUGGACUGCAUUCACGCCUCUUCCUCUCUGCCAUGUUGGAGCUGCUUCAGCUGUCCUGGAGGGGAAGUUGUAUGUGCUGGGUGGUUAUUCUCAAGAAGAUUACAGUGAGGCUAGAUUAGUGCAUCGCUAUGACCCUGGAACUCAGAGAUGGGAGAAUAUGGGCAAGAUGGCCGGCCCUGUCACAGACAUUCGGGCUUGUUUACUCCACUUACCUGCUCAUCUGAGAAGGUCAUAGGAACAGAAAGAUCUGUAAAAGCCAUAAUCUGUGCCACUGAUUUUAAAGCAAGACAAUUUUAACAUUUACGGUGAGUUACAGAAGAUAUAUUUUCUUUUUGUCAGAAAUUAUAUAAUAGAAUUAUAUAAUAGAACCGCUGCCCAAGCUCAUGGAGCCUCCUGAUGGAAAGUGUGUCAUAUCACAGAGACUGAAAUGACCUAAAGAUAUAUAAUGUAAAUAUAAUUUUAAAAAAUAUUUCAUUAAAUGCACUGAAGCAAGCAUAUGACUCUUAAUGUUGGAAAUAUUUUGGUCUAGUUUCACUUUUAAAAUGUAAAGUAGUCAUUUUGAGAGGUUUGAGGUUUGAACAUAAAACCAAGUGGAAUUGGAAAAAAGCGCAUCAUAUGACACACAUUUCAUAUUAUUGAUAAUAAAAACUGUGUUGCAGCUCAAUACAUCAAAUUAUAUUUGACGUCAAAUAGUGUAGACUCAGUGAAGAAUGAAUGUUUCCAUAUAUCAGUGAUGUUGCAUUGUAAAGUUUAUUUUUAUUUAUUUAAUUCAUUAAAAUCCAGUAUGAUGAUGCAUGUUUACUACAUUAAAUGUUUUGAACAUAAGACAGUACAGUAGAACUGCUGUAAAAUAGCCUGAUAUAACUGUUCUGCAAAUGUGUUAUAUGAAGUCAAUGAAUUAUUUAAUGACUUAAAAUGCAAAUAAAUUCAAUAUUUUAAAACUC